ACAAAGUCUGUUAUUCAAACACUACUCAAAAAUCUUCCCAAAUACAUUGAUAACUGAAAUAGGUCUAUAACUGAACAUAUUGUCUUUACUUUCAGAUUUAAAUAUUGGUUUCGCUAUGCUUUCUUUAAAUUGGCGAGGAAUUACUGAGGAUUUGAAACAGAGGUUGAUUAUAUUACAAACUAUUUGCUGUUACUCUAUGUCAUCUACUGGAGUAAGAAACAUAGAGUGAGCAAUGUUGACGACAUGAUGAUGUAUCAAGAAUUGAAUUUUGAUCAAUCUGACUUGUUAUUUGUUAUAUCAACAAAACAUUUACUAAAAAUACAGGCUAUAUCAGUGGGAGCGUCCAGCUGCUGAUUAUUGUGAUUAAUUGAUUUUACGUCAUUUUUUUAUUUUUCCAGCAUUAGUUACCUCA